GCAGAAUGCGCGAAACCGCCCGGCCGAGUGCAUCGCGAGAGGAAUUUUCGUCAUUUUUUCACUAAAGUGUUGUUUAAUUUUUGAGUUCUAAAGUGUUGUGUGUGCCUCUUUUCUUGUACUUUUUUACUGACAAAUCGAAGCAUACAAAAAACACUGGGACAAUAUUAGCAGAGUAUACACAUUUUUUCAACCACAACUGCAAUCCUCGAAGAGGACAAUUGGAUAAGAUCAUAAUUUAUGACUCAAACACGGUGGAAGCAAAAUUCUACAAGCCUUACAGCUACAUAGGCAGCGAAGGAUGCACUUGAACGAUCUGUACACAGCGUUCAGCCGUAAGAAGCAGAUAGAUGCACCCGGCGACUCAUCGUUGGCGCGAUGCCUCUCAACUCUGGACCUGACAGCUCUCGGCAUCGGCUCGACCCUCGGCGUCGGCGUCUACGUUCUCGCCGGUUCCGUUGCCAAGACGAUCGCUGGGCCUGCCGUCAUCAUUUCCUUCGCCAUCGCCGCGUUUGCCUCCAUGAUUGCAGGUCUGUGUUACGCCGAAUUCGGCGCAAGGGUGCCGCGUGCCGGUUCAGCAUACGUCUACAGCUACGUGACGAUGGGUGAAUUCAUCGCUUUCCUCAUCGGCUGGACGUUGAUCCUGGAGUACGUGAUUGGAUCGGCGAGUGUCGUUCGAGGUCUGAGUACCUACGUCGACGCGCUCUUCAAUAAUUCCAUGAGAAACGCCUUCGAAUCUGCGGCGCCCAUCGACAUUUCGCAUCUGUCAUCGUAUCCAGACUUCUUUGCAUUCGGUGUUACGCUCGCCUUCUCUGCUGCUCUUGCAUUUGGUGCGAAGGAAUCGUCGGUAGCAAAUAAUCUUUUUACUUUGGCGAACCUCACCGUAGUAUUAUUCGUUGUGAUAGCUGGAGCUUUCAAAGCCGACAUGAACAACUGGAAGCUCAAGCCGAGCUGUACGAAGACAAAGUGCCCGAACGGCAACGGCGGCUUCAUGCCGUACGGCCUUCCAGGUGUGAUAACGGGUGCGGCAACCUGCUUCUAUGGUUUCAUCGGUUUUGACUGCGUCGCUACCACUGGUGAGGAGGCUAAGAACCCUCAGCGCAGUAUUCCCAUCGCCAUAAUCGUCUCGCUCACCGUCGUCUUCCUUGCCUACUUCGGCGUCUCUACCAUCCUCACGACCGUCCUGCCCUACUAUGAGCAAAACGCUGACGCACCGUUUCCCUAUAUGUUUGACUACAUCGGGUGGAACUGGGCGAGAUACGUUGUCUCUGCUGGAGCUAUCUGUGGAUUAUGCGCCAGUUUACUGGGCUCAAUGUUUCCGUUGCCGCGAGUCAUCUACGCGAUGGCAUCGGAUGGUUUGAUCUUCAAGUGGAUGGGCAAAGUCAGUUCGCGCUUUCAUACUCCGCUCAUGGGCACGCUGUCCGCCGGAUUGCUGACAGGUGUAUUGGCGGCAGUUUUCGAGCUGAGUCAACUCAUUAACAUGAUGAGUAUCGGGACUCUUUUAGCUUAUUCCAUUGUGGCAGCUUGUGUGCUAAUAUUGAGGUAUGAAGAAAGUAAAUCUUUCGAAAAAAGAAAUGAUAUCGAGUCUUACUCGGUGUCGUCAAUCGUUAAGCAACUUGUUAAUUAUAAAAGACUGACCUAUUCGACGAGGCUCACCUCGAAAAUAGUGACUUCAUUAGUAUUUUCUUAUUUCAUAGCGUGCAUUGCCUUGACAUCCUUGAUCUCAAUAUAUUCCAAAGAAAUUACAGAUGGCAAUUUUACGAUGCUAAUACCGCUUCUACUAUUGACGAUCGUUUUAAUCUUAAUUCUUCUGUUUAUUUACUUGCAACCGAAUUGUGAUAAACAACUCAGUUUUUCGGUCCCAUUUGUUCCUUUCAUACCAGGAUUAAGCAUAUUAAUUAACGUAUACUUGAUGAUGAUGUUGGACGUUAUGACGUGGGUACGAUUCGGAAUAUGGAUGAUUGUUGGUUUAGGCAUAUAUUUCUUUUACGGCGUAUGGAACAGUACAAUAAGAACAACACGAAAUUCGGCAAAAAAUGUCAAUCAGAAUGACUGGAAAAACGGCGAUGUACCUAAAUUAACAUAAAUAUUUAAAUAUAAUUUAUUUUUACAUUCUAUAAAUAAAACAAUUUUUUCAUAAAUGCA